AUGGCUCCCAAGCGCCGCCGCGCGGACCAGCACGCGCCGCCGCCAGCUCCACCUCCGCCCCUUCGGACUGAACUGUCUCAGCGCCGACCGGUGGUCGUCUUCGCACACGGAGCCGGGGCCCCCUCCUCGUCCGAUUGGAUGACCCACUGGAAGGAGAUGGUGAAAGAUGCUCUGGAUGCCGUCGAAGUUGUGACAUUUGACUAUCCAUAUAUGUCUGGUGGUAAGCGGAGGCCUCCCCCAAAGGCGGACAAGCUUGUUGAUCAUCAUCUCGGUGUGGUGAAGAAUGCUGUAGCAGAGCAUCCGGGACACCCGCUUAUUCUGAUGGGAAAGUCCAUGGGUUCGAGGGUCAGCUGCAUGGUGGCUAGCUCUGAUGAUAUCAAUGUUUCUGCUGUCAUAUGCUUGGGCUAUCCAUUGAAGGGAGCGAAGGGGGCACUGAGGGAUGAGAUAUUGUUAAAGCUGACGACUCCAACAAUGUUUGUGCAGGGCAAUAAAGAUGGCUUAUGCCCCUUGGACAAGCUUGAGUUCACUCGCAAAAAGAUGACCUGCCAGAAUGAACUGCAUGUUGUUGAUGGUGGUGACCACUCUUUCAAGAUCAGCCAAAAACACCAAAAUACUGCUGGAGUAAAUCAACAUGAUGUUGAAGUAGAAGCUGUUAAAGCAAUUGCACAGUUCAUCCGGAACUCCAUAGUAUAACACUUAAGUUAGCUGUUUCGUUACAUUUUUAUUAUAACAUCUAAUGGUUGCUAGCUUAAUG